AUGUGCGCACGUGAUGACGGGAACAUUCGGCCCGGAGGUCUCAACCUUGCAUCCUUGACUGAAGCAAGCACUCCGAACGUCGAUAUCACCUUCCCAUUCAACCCUCUACGUCUCUCCUCCCUCCUCGAGGCCACUCCUCCAGCCAAUUGCACUAUGAUGUCCGCUCGCUUCGCCCGCGCUGGCCUGCGUGCCACCCAGUUCUCCGUUCCUCGCACCGCUGCCGUUAACGGCAUCAGGUCCUAUGCCACCCCGGCCCAGGAGACCCGCGCCCCCGUCGCCCUGUUCGGCGUUGAUGGCACCUACGCCUCUGCUCUGUACACCGCUUCCGCCAAGUCCGCUGCUCUCGACCAGACUGCCCGUGCUAUCGCCAGCCUCGGCGAGACCCUCAAGACUGACAAGAAGCUCGGCGCCAUCCUCAGCGCUCCCAUGCUCACCAUCGCCGACAAGAAGUCCAUCGUCGAGGAGCUCGCUAAGGUCGCCGGUGCCGACAAGGCUGGUAUCCUCAAGAACUUCCUCGAGACUCUCGCCGAGAACAACCGUCUCGGUUCCCUCGAGGGUGUCUGUGAGAAGUUCGCUACUCUGAUGGGUGCUCACCGCGGCGAGAUCGACCUCAACAUUACCAGUGCUCAGGAGCUCGAUGCCAAGACCCUCUCCCGUCUUGAAAAGGCUGUUUCCAAGUCUCAGUUCAGCCAGGGCAAGAAGCUCAAGGUUGUUGCCAAGGUCAACCCCGACCUCAUUGGUGGACUCGUCGUUGAGAUUGGCGACCGUACCGUUGACCUCAGCGUUUCUUCCAAGAUCGCCAAGAUGAACAAGGCUCUUUCCGAUGCUUUGUAG